AUGCAAAGUCUACUUCAUGGUGUCCGGGAGUAUCUCACGCCAGUAUUAACUGAGUCAUCAUUUGAAAACAAAGGACUACUGACACCGGAAGAAUUUGUCAAAGCUGGUGAUCUUUUAGUGUAUAAAUGUCCUACAUGGCGAUGGGAAAGUGGUGAACCAAAUCUUCGACGCGCGUAUUUACCGAUAGACAAGCAGUUUCUAGUCACACGAAACGUGCCCUGUCGUCGUCGUGUAACGGCUUUGGAGCUGAGCUAUCAGACAGAGGAAGCCGUGGAAGGAGAAGACGAGUGGGUUGCUGCGUCUUCCUACGCCAAUGAAGAUAGCAGUUCCAAUGCUGUUACAGAUCUUAGUGAAGAGAUGGAAGAUCUUUCGUGUUUGGAUAGCAAACCUAAAGAGAACGAGAGCAGAGGAAUCCUGGGUGCCAUCGUAGACGAACACUUUACGGACGGACGUCUUGCGGAGCCAGAGCUGCGAGACUUGAACUCCUACGAGGAAGAAGACAACCUAGUCGAGGAUGAUGAAGCGACGCUUGGUCCUACGGCUGGCAGUUACCUUGUAGCCAGCGAACCGGAUGACGCAGAUGAUGCUAUCCUGCGCACCCGUACAUACGACCUGUCGAUUACUUAUGACAAAUACUACCAAACGCCGCGUGUGUGGCUCUUUGGCUAUGACGAGCGUAACGCGCCACUUAGCGGCGAUCAGAUGUUCGAGGACAUUAUGCAAGAUUACGCCAACCGGACCGUGACCAUGGAACCACACCCGCACCGCAGCUCACUCGUGCACGCGUCCAUCCACCCGUGUCAGCACGGCGCUGUCAUGAAGCGCAUCAUUGCCAAUCUUAAGGCACGCAAGCCCGGCGAGACUGAGACAGAAGAUCAAGUUGCGAAUGAGAUUCGCAGCGACCAGUACAUUUUCUUGUUUCUCAAGUUCAUUCAGUCGGUCAUACCAACAAUUGACUAUGACUACACAAUUGAGGUGAAUGCAAAGCAGUGA